GCUCCGAGUCGGUCGGCGUCGAGUCUUCUGAGGAGAGGCGAGCGUCUCGCGCGUUUAAACGACGGCAAACCACGCGCCGAGCGGGUUUUUCGUCUCCGCGGCGAGGUCGCUUCCGCGUUGUUUCCGUCGAGCGCGGCGCUGUUCGUGUGUCUGCAGACUUCAAACGCGUGAGGAAAACACGUUCAGUCCGCAAAGAGACUCGCGAGAUUCGUGUUCGCUCGUGAGGGUGAUCGUGUCGAGUGAAAAGGAUGCUAAGCGAUUCAUUCACACAAACCUACAAUUGAAGAUUAGCGUCAAAGCAUCAGAAACUGAAAUCAACAAGGUCUGAGUUUAUUAAAGAGGACAGAGAACAUGAGAGAUCCAGAACCCUGCAGAAUGAAACACACUGAAGAACAAACAGUGUUGUUUGAAAAACACGAGGAGAGUGAAGAACUGCGUGAAGUUGAGGAGCAAAAUCACGUCAAAACUGGAGAAAAACCUCCGAGCUGCUCUCAGAAUGUUUUGAAGAAAACAGGCGCUGAGAAAUCGUUCACCUGCGCUCAGUGUGGAAAGAGUUUCGCGUACAAACAGAGUCUUAAUGUUCACCUGAGAGUGCACACCGGAGAGAAACGGUACAAGUGUGCACACUGCGACAUGGGAUUCAAUUGGUCGGGACACCUGAAAGCACACGAGAGGACUCACACCGGAGAAAAACCGUACAAGUGUUCAAACUGCGACAAAAGAUUCAGUCGCUCAGGAGUCCUGAAGACGCACGAGAGGACUCACACGGGAGAGAAGCCAUACGCAUGCGAUCGCUGUGGGAAGUGCUUCGCGCAAAAAGGACAGCUCACGGCGCACAUGAAAGUUCAUACGGGAGAGAAACCGUUUACUUGCGAUGAGUGUGGGAAGAGAUUUGCGCACUCGGCUCACCUGAAGGUACACACGAACAUCCACACGAGAGAGAACCUGUGCAUGUGCGAUCAGUGCGGUAAAAUGUGUCUGCGGCCUUCGGACCUGAAGAUGCACCUGAAAGUUCACACAAAGGAGAAGCCGCAUCCGUGUUGUUCGUGCGGAAAGAGUUUUUCGUGUCUGCAGAAUUUGAAAGCACAUCAGAAAAUACACACCGGUGUGAGAGAGUACAUGUGCUUUGAGUGCGAGAAGACUUUUAUUUCGGCGACCAAUUUAAAAUUUCAUCAGAGGAUCCACACCGGAGAGAAACCCUACAAGUGCUCGCACUGCGACAAGAGAUUCAGUUGGCCGAGAAUCCUCCAAAGGCACGAGAAGAGCCACACCGGAGAGAAACCUUACAAGUGCUCGCGCUGCGACAAGAGAUUCAGUUGGUCGGGAAUCCUGAAAAGACACGAAAGGAGCCACACCGGAGAGAAACCUUACAAGUGCUCGCGCUGCGACAAGAGAUUCAAUAUGUCCGAAAACCUAAAGAGGCACGAGAUGAUCCACACCGGAGAGAAACCUUAUAAGUGUUCGUACUGUGACAAGAGAUUCAGUCAGUCGGCAAAUCGGAUUAUACACGAGAGGAUUCACACCGGAGAGAAACCUUUCACGUGUGCGCACUGUGACAAAAGAUUCACUGAUUCAAGAGACCUAAAAAGACAUGAGAGGAUCCACACGGGAGAGAAGCCGUAUCAGUGCAAUGCAUGUGGGAAGUGUUUCAAACAAUCAUCUGCUCUGCGCUGUCAUGCAAAAAGCGUUCACUCUCAGUAGAUCGUCAUCGGGUCUGACGCCGCAUCCUCAACGAGUAAUUCAUCAAGCAAUAAAAUAUAACCUGGAUGAAUCCAUACUAACCAGUCAUUACAAGUUGCAUGACAAAGAAACAUUAUCUAAUUAUUCACAGAGAAUUCAGUUCAUCAUCAUCUUCGAAGCCUGCAGUUUCAGCUGUGAGAUUCAGAUCAACUCAGUGAUGAAGAACAAUGUCAAAAACUGUAUCAUUUUGCUUCACGAUAUAAGGGGUGCUAUUUUGGUUUUGUUUAAGUUUAAUGAUAUGCUCAGUUUCAUAAUGUCUUAAAAUGUACAUGUUGUA